AGGGGACACGUGUAUAUGAUUUUAUGCAAAAAUUUCCCUUGCAAAUUGUUUCUUUAUUAUAUACAAAAAAGAAAGAGAGACAGCGGAAGAAGAAGAAGAAAACAUCAACACGGUGCGGAUUUAGAAGGUUGUCUUGCAUUGAACACUUCACUCAGUGAGAAUGUAUAACAAUGUCAGACCACAACUGGGGGUGCCUCAAUUUCAGCCUCAACUUCCAACAAGCUCACAACCUAAUGUGUUUGGGAAUGCAUUUAAUGCAGCCGGUUCUGGACUCAUUCGAGGGGGAUUGGGUGCCUAUGGAGAAAAAAUAUUUGGAUCGAGCUCUGAGUAUGUUCAAAGCAAUAUAACUAGGUAUUUCUCAGAUCCCCAAUACUACUUCCAAGUGAAUGACCACUAUGUUAAGAACAAGUUGAAGGUUGUUUUGUUCCCAUUCCUGCACCGGGGUCAUUGGACUAGAAUCACUGAACCAGUGGGAGGUAGACUCUCUUACAAACCUCCAAUUUAUGAUAUAAAUGCCCCUGACCUGUACAUUCCAUUGAUGGCAUUUGGUACCUACGUUGUACUUGCUGGCAUUUCACUUGGUCUUCGUGGAAAGUUUAGUCCUGAAGCAUUAAACUGGUUAUUCAUCAAGGGAAUGGUUGGUUGGUGUAUGCAAACAGCGCUACUUAAAUUGACAUUGCUUUCAUUAGGAAGUGGAGAAGCACCACUAUUGGACAUCGUAGCAUAUGCAGGGUAUACUUUUGCGGGCAUGUCUUUGGCUGCUCUUGGAAAAAUAAUCUCUGGUUACUCCUACUACGUUUUGAUGCCAUGGUUCUGCUUAUGCAUGGGAAUAUUCUUAGUUAAAACGAUGAAAAGAGUCCUUUUUGCCGAAGUCAGGAGUUAUGACUCGAGUAAACACCACUAUCUCUUGCUCUUCAUCGCUUUGGCUCAGUUCCCAUUGUUCAUGUGGCUUGGAAACAUCACUGUCAAUUGGUUUAUAUGAAGUGGUAUUUACAAUGUACUAUAGUUUAACUUAGUAAUAUUUUUUGGUUGUCAAUUUUGGAUAAUAUAUAUAGUAACAUAAACUUUUCCUCUCUCUCCCUUGCUUUUAUUUAAUGGAUACCAUAGCUAUGUAAUUAUGAACCUUUUAA